GUCAUCGGCAGGAAGGCUGUGGAUGUUUAAGCUGCUGGUCGCUAUGUGACACCGGCACCACAGCAAAAGUCGCCCCCCUGGGAGAAAUAGAAGCGUUUACAGGAGGUCAGCAGCGAGAGCGGGGGCGGGGUGCUCCCACUGCCGGAGCAGGCGGGGCCGCGGACGCGCUCGGUGUUUCUCGGCCAGCACUAUCCCGGAGCGGGCGGAGGAGCAGAGGGUGCAGCUGACAGAGCCGGAGCGUCGUAGCGGGGGCCGGAAGGAGGCAGACCUGCCGCUUUUUAAUGAGGUGCUGGCUGUCAGGCUCCGCUGAAAGUGUCGCCUGGAUGCAGGAUCGCAUCGUCGCAUCUUCCCGAGCGCAGGAAGGAGACGAGCGAGCAGCGCAUCGCGCAGCCAGAACAAAACCCGAGCGGGAUGGAGGGCAGCUUGGAUGACAGCGUCUCCGCAGCGAGCAUGUCGGAUGUGCACGACCGCCUGUCUGCGCUGGAGCUGCGGCUCCAGCAGCAGGAGGACGAGCUGAUGGUGGUGAAGGCGGCACUGGCUGACGUGCUCCGGCGUCUCCCUCUCCCCGAGGAGCCGGUCCCCUCCAGGAGACCCCCCGGCAAGGGUGUCAGCUUGAUGCGCGAGGCCUUCUCCAUGUCCUGCAUUGCUAAUGGGGUCGCCGUCAGCCGCAAGCCAGGCCACAGAGACGGAUCCUCUGUGUCUGUUGCCAGGAAGGAGACUUUCUCCUCCGCAGCCAAGAGUGAGCCAGUGAGAAAUGUCAAGCAUUCAAUGCAGGGUACCAAAGAAAAGGCGGAGCCAUCACCUGGAAAUGAAGUCCCGCCCCCUCCCGAGGCACAGGACACUCCCAGGCACCCCCCUUUCCCCACCCUGCCCCAAUCAAAAAGGCACUUCCAGGGAGACAGGAAGCCCAAAGCAGCUGACAGGUUCCUGGAUACCAAGAGGGGCUCCAGGAUGGAGCGCUCCAAGAGCAGCACGUGGGAGAGGGAGGAGAACAAGGGCAAACUGGUGAAGGCUGCUUCCACCUCCAAGCUGCUGGCCAAGGGUUCAAAGAACGUGGAGAGACCCCGUGACCUUGUGAUCAGCCAGGAGGGCGACUUCAUCAAGAUGUUCCUGCGGGGUCGUCCUAUCACCAUGUAUGUCCCAUCUGACGUUGGCAACUACGAGGAUGUCCGGGUCGAGCUCCCAUCUGAGACCCUCAAGCUGGAGUGGGUUUACGGUUACCGCGGCCGUGAUGCUCGCUCCAACGUGCAGCUGCUGCCCACCGGCGAGGUCGUCUACUUCGUCGCCUCAGUGGUCGUGCUCUUCAACUACGAGGAACGGACUCAGCGGCACUACAUGGGACACACCGACAGCGUCAGAUGCCUGGCUGUUCAUCCUGACAAGAUCCGCAUUGCCACGGGCCAGACUGCUGGGGUGGACAAGGACGGACGGUCUCUGCAGCCUCAUGUCCGUGUCUGGGACUCGGUCACUCUGUCCACCCUGCAGGUCUUUGGGGUGGGCACCUUUGAGAGAGGCGUGGGCUCCCUGGCCUUCUCCAAAGCUGAUUCAGGUGUCCAUCUCAGCGUGAUCGAUGAUUCCAACGAGCACAUGCUGACGGUCUGGGACUGGCAGAAGAAGUCCAGGAUAGCUGAGAUUAAGACCACGAAUGAGAUCGUACUGGCGGUGGAGUUCCACCCUACAGACACUAGCAUCAUCGUCACCUGCGGCAAAUCGCACGUCUUCUUCUGGACGUGGAGCGGCUCCUCGCUGACGCGCAAACAGGGCAUCUUCGGGAAGUAUGAGAAGCCCAAGUUCGUGCAGUGCCUGGCUUUCCUUCCCAACGGCGACGUCCUGACGGGCGACUCCGGGGGUGUUCUGCUGGUGUGGAGUCGUAGUGUCGCAGUGGACCCUGCUCCGAAAGCAAACACCUUCCAGAUCAGCCGGCAGCUAAAGGCGCACGAGGGCAGUGUUUUUACCAUGUGCCAGCUGAGGAACGGCACCGUGAUCACGGCGGGGGCCAAGGAUCGCAGGGUCAUCCUGUGGGACCAUGACCUCAGCCCCGAGAGGGACAUCGAGGUGCCUGAGCAAUACGGAGCCGUCCGCGCCCUGGCUGAGGGGAAGGGGGAGCAGUUUUUGGUUGGCACGUCCCGCUGCUUCAUUCUGAGGGGCACAUUCAACGACGGCUUCCAAGUGGAGGUGCAGGGUCACAUAGAUGAGCUGUGGGGUCUGGUCUCCCAUCCUUUCAAGCAGCUCUUUCUCACCAGCGCUCAGGACAGACAAGUGUUCUUGUGGAACGCAGAGGACCACUGUCCAGAAUGGAGCAGAGUCCUAGAAGAACCAGGACACUGUGCGGAUUUCCACCCUGGGGGUGCUGUCGUGGCCAUUGGAAGUCAUUUGGGAAAGUGGUACGUCCUGGAUGCAGAGACGAGGGACCUGGUCGCCAUCCACACUGACGGGAGCGAGCAGCUGUCUGUCAUUCGCUACUCCACAGAUGGCACGCUGCUGGCAGUGGGGUCACAUGACACCUUUAUUUACCUGUACACCGUGUCGGAGAAUGGGAGGAGGUACAGCAGAUACGGCAAAUGCACUGGCCACUCCAGCUACAUCACUCACCUUGACUGGUCUCUGGACAACAACUUCAUCAUGUCUAACUCCGGAGACUAUGAAAUCCUGUACUGGGACAUCCCAAACUGUUGCAGGCUGAUCAGGAACCGCUCAGAGUGUAAGGAUGUGGACUGGGCCACGUACACAUGCGUGCUGGGAUUCCAGGUGUUUGGGGUGUGGCCCGAGGGUUCGGACGGCACCGACAUCAAUGCCCUGGCCCGCUCUCACAGUCGGAGGCUCAUCGCCCUGGCGGAUGACUUCUGCAAAGUGCACCUCUUCCGGUACCCCUGCUCCAGGCCCAAGGCCCCAAGCCAUAAGUACAGUGCCCAUAGUAGUCAUGUGACCAACGUCAGCUUCCUGUGUAACGACAGCCACCUGCUGUCCACUGGGGGCAAAGAUACCAGUGUCAUGCAGUGGCGCCUGAUGGAGAAGACCCAUCCCCUGGGCCCAGUGGAGGGCCUCUGCCUUGGACUGGGGGAGGGGAUGAGCCAUAAUUCUGCCCCCUGGGGCAGAACCUUAGCAUCCACAACUGCAGACUCCACCCAGUUCGUAAACGCAGCCACUUCCUCCACAUUCGACCAGCAAAAACUCUCCCCCGGCACCCCAUCCACCUCCGGGAGCACGCUGAGUGCUGAGGACAGUCUGGAACAGCGCAGUGACGACACAACCACUCCUGUGGAUGAGCACGCUCCCUCGCUGCCCUCCUAAAGACCUGAAGCUCCCCCUGGUGGCUGCUGUGUUACUGCAGCCAAGAGAGAGAGACAGACCUCAUAGUUUGUCUCUUAUUUUUGCUUAUAAAAAGAACUGAAAUCCUCCUGGUUUACUAGGGCUUCAGAUCACAGUUGGAUGGGGAGCAGAGAGUUUUACUUUUAAGAUACAUGGACGAGAGAGGAGAGGAUUGUAAAGAGUGUCAUACCAAGCACACGUAAAUGGAGCGUAAUGGGAGUUUUAUACGGCAUGAACACGCUGCAGUACCUGCAUCCUCUUGCAGGUGUCUCACUUUGCCUGAGGAGGAAGACGCCAGAGAGUGCCCCAACACUUUGGUGAGGCGUUGCCUUGGUAACGUCACCGGGGGUGGGUCAAAGGGGAAAAAAAAAACAUUAAUUUUAGUCCUGAUUAUUUCAUAGUCCGUUUAUUGUUCAGUUUUUCCUCAAGUGUUAUUUUUUCAUUGUUUUUGAGUUGACUGGUGUCUGAAAGAUUGGAAAUGGGGAGGACUGGAGGUGUGAUAAAUCGCCACAUGCAUGGCCGGACAUCUAGCAGAUAGCUGCUGUCUCAUACUGCAGCCUCAUAAUCCGCCUCGUGUGACAGGGGGCGCUGUCGCUUAAAGCUUCGCUCUGACGUUGAGCGGCGGGCCGGACGUCAUCCUGGGAAGGGGGAGCAGGACUCGCAUCUGAUUGCGUUCGCCUGCCUGUAUUAAUGACAGCAGCUGGUCAGGAAUGUGGCGGAGUGUAACUUAGGGUGUAACUUAAGCAGAGUGUAGCUGGCCAGUGUGACUUGCUGGCUCUGGGUGUUUGAGGACCCAGGAAGGUGACAGAGCACAGAGUCCCCCCCCCCAGGUCAACUGCAAUCACCACAUGUACUUCCUGUCUGCUGGGGGCGGCGUCAGAGCUGCUCUGCUUGGGGGGCAUCAGUGUCAAGAGUGGGUUUAUUAAUGACACCCAGUGAGGUGUAGUGACCUCUUCUUUUGUGCAUGAACUGUAACAGUGAGGAAGAGGAGGAAGAGGAAGGGCCCACCGUAACAUGGACUUUAGGUGCAUAGUAAUGAUCAGAGUGAGGUCUGGACAGCAGAUGCCAAAAUAAAGUGUUUUAACAAGA